UUAAUCCAAUUGUUAGGCUUAUGAUCAGUUACCUAAUCUAGUACUUCUGGGUUACCUUGGUGGAUUUCUCCUCUCCACAGGUCUAAUUGGAUGCCCCUUAGGAAGUUUAUUCCAGAAGAAAGCUAUAGUUCUGUUUGGGCAACUAUUGAUAUUCCUAGAUAGGACUCCCUCACUUGGCCAAUCAAUGGUGCUUUCUCUGACCAUGGCUAAAAUAUGAAUUUUCUUUUAAAGUUACUCAAGCUGAAUAAUAACAAACUAAAUUUCAGUCAGCAAAUAUAACUUCCUGAUUGUUAGGAGGGACCCUCCUUCAGUUACAGGGUGGAUUUAUAUGACUCCCACCAGAUUAUUUAAAUCAUUUAAGUUUAAAAGCUCCCUUACAUUGGGAACAGUUAAACUAAGGAUAAUCAGCCUAAUAACACUAGGGAAUUAGGCUGGAUGCCUUGUGAACAAUACAAGUAUUUCAUUACCUUUAAGAUAGUGAUUUGUACAGGACAGAUUGAGUCAGAUGAGCUGGUAAUAUACUGGAUCACACCUAAUUGAAACUCUUGGCCUGAAUAUUUACUUAUGACCCUAUUGCUGCUACUAGCUAUGUUACUUGCAUUUGGCCUAUUUUACAAGAUUGUGAUUUCUUGCAUUACUAAAUGUGUGACUAAGCCUCUGAUAAAAUGAUGACUAGGCAACUUGGAUAUAUAUAUUUAUUUAAGAGCUAUACAUGUAUACAUUUAUUUAUGAACUCAAGGUUAUAAUAGUGUAGCUCUACAUAUGGGAAGAAGCAACACGGGAAUCUGCUUGGACUGAAACAGAUUUGAAAGACAUGUGGUCCAAAGUCUUUUGUCUACUCUUAUCAGUGCCUAGUCCAGUAAUACCACACUGAAGAUCAUCAGAAUACUGGCCUGACUGAGAAAAGUGGCAACCUUCUACUGAGAUGUUUGAUUGUUCUCCAAAAUCAUGUAUAAGCUGAUCUCUCCACCCUUCUUGGGCGUGGCUCCUUAGAGCGAUCUGAGAGGCAGUCUCCUGAGCCCUAAGUGAAACUCACAACUCUGAGUUCUUAGCUCAGUGGACGUUUGGUCAUUUGACUAAGGCUGGGGACUAGCCAUUGUGACCACAAAGGAAGAAGUACCCUCCUCUCGCCAGAAAGCCAGGCCAAUAGCAUCAUGCGUCCUUGGGUAGCCAUCCUGGGCCUCCUACUCCUGCCAGAUGCUGUAACCUCUUACCACCGAGUGAUUGGAGUGGCGGGUCAGUCUGUCAGGCUACCCUGCCACUAUAAUGGUGAAGUCACAAGCAUGUGCUGGGGCCGAGGGGCAUGUCCUUGGCUUAAUUGCGGAACUAACAUCAUCUGGACUGAUGGCUACAGAGUCACCUAUCGGAGGGAUGGACGUUACCAGCUAAAUGGACAUAUUGGUGGAAGGGAUGUGUCUUUGACCAUAAACAAUGCCGCCCUGUCUGACAGUGGCUUGUAUUGUUGCCGAAUUGAGAAGAGAGGGUGGUUCAAUGACAUAAAAACCACCCUAGAGUUGAGGGUAAAUCCAGCUCCACCUACAACAACGACCACCACCACUACUACUACAAGAACAACCACCACCACUACCCCAAGAACCACUACCACCACCACCACUACUCCAAGAACAACCACCACUCCAAGAAAGACAACCGUUACUACUACUCCAAGAACGACUACCACUAUUCGAAGACCCAUCACUACUACCCCAAGAAGAACAACUAAUCGAAAAACUAUUCAAAGAACUACUCAAAAAACUACUACCCCAAGAAGAACAACUAUCCGAAAAUCUGUUCGAAGAACCACCACUACAACCCCAAGAAGAACAACUAUUCGAAAAUCUAUUCGGAGAACCACCACUACGACCCCAAGAAGAACAACUAUUCGAAAAUCUAUUCGAAGAACCACCACUACGACCCCAAGAAGAACAACUAUUCGAAAAUCUAUUCGGAGAACCACCACUAUGACCCCAAGAAGAACAACUAUUCGAAAAUCUAUUUGGAGAAACACUACUACAACCCCAAGAAGAACAACUAUUCGAAAAUCUAUUCGGAGAACAACCACUACGACCCCAAGAAGAACAACUAUUCGAAAAUCUAUUCGAAGAACCACCACUACUACCCCCAAAGCAACAACCACCAGGACUCCAACAAGCACCACCACCACAACCACUACUCCAAGACCAACCACCACUACAAGAAAGACAACCAUUACUAUUACUACAAGAACGACUACCACUAUUCUAUCAACCACCACUACUACCCCCAAAACAACAACCAACACAACUCCAACAACCACCAAUACCACUACUCCAACCACAGUGGUCACCAAUGCUCCAACAACCACCACCCUUGUUGUGCCAACAACAAUCACCACCACAACUCCAACCAUGAUGGUCACCACUGCUCCAGUGACAGUGAGGCCCUCUAUGUCUGCUCUUCCAAUGCCAGCACCCACAAGGGACCUCCAGCCAGCUUCUUUAUCUUCUCCAACUGAGAUAGCAGAAACCCAGCCUACUACCCUGUAUGAAACAAACAUAACCAGCUCACCAUGGCACUCUUGUUCAACAGAUGGAAAUGGCACUGUGGCACAGACUCCAGAUCCCCACUGGCAUAACAAUCAAACUCUUGUGGCACUGGCACAAGAAACAUGGAUGAGCACCAACAAGGGAGUCUACAUUGGAAUCUCUGUUACUAUUUUGGCAUUGCUGCUCAUGUUUGUGGUUUUCUGGAUUAGGAGAAGAUAUUUUUACCUGGGUAACAAGGCGGAGCUACUACGUGUGAUUCCAUUGAAAGAUUCUUGCAUUGGCGCUCUGAAAAAUGCAGCUCUGAAGCCUAUCCAAGCAGAAGACAAUGUCUGCAUUGUUGAUGACUAUCACUAAGUUCUGGAUCAAGAUUCUAGGGUGUUAUGCCCUUGACUGUAGAAGACAGUGACCAGAUACCGUGCCAGAGUCCUUUCAAUCAGCUGCACAAUUUUUCAGUCAGUCUCCCAUGGCAUUCCUAUGAGUCAGGGACACUGGGUAGAGUGAUGCUAGCUCAACUGUGUAAAGUCAGCCUCUGUCACAGAGUCCUAAUUUUUUAUACUAAAUUGGCUCCAACUUUUUGAUCAUUGCAGAGGUCCCUUCAAAGCAUGAAACAUACUUCUUAGAAUUGUACAUUCUCUUUAGACCUCAUGAAUCCUGUUUUCCAUCAAGAAUUCUCAUUGGGAAGAUAGAAAAGAAACAGUUCUACCUCAGUUACCAAGGCUGUCAAGAAUACCUGAACUCAACUUAGAAUCAGGACAUCUAGCCUGGGACUUAAAGGACUGAACGUGCAAGCAUUUCAUGAUUGUCCUUUUUUUUUUUGUUAAAUCAACUGACUCCAAAUGUGAUAUUGCUCAGCAUCCCCAAGGUUUCAAAUCAUGGUGUGUACAGAUUUUUAUUUACACAAUAGAAAAAUGGAGAUGAGUGUGAUUUUGCCAUUAUAGACAAAUUUGGUUUCUCAGGGUUCUGAAAUACAAGGCAUUAAAUGCUUUCUUUGGGAGGAGGAUGGUAUUUGAGCAGUUUGAAGAAGUGAUGGUAUUGAGUAGACCAUGAAGACACCAGGAGAAGAAAAUCAAUAGCCAUAUAAUUUAUGAUAUUUUUGCUACAUCAGUGCCACAGUUCUAGGUGCUUAUGUUGACAACUGGUAGGCUCUGGUUUCUAGAAUGAGGCAGGGCAGAAAUAAAUAUAAGAAAAAAAGAGAGGGAGGGAGUAGCAAAAGAGGCUUUCUGUUUUAGAAAAUAGAGUUUGCAAAUAUAAUAGAAUUGUUUGAGAGUGUUACCAGUUUCUACAAAAUGCUAAACUGUCCUCAAGCCACUUUGAUUUUUUAAAUUGUUUUGGAAGGAUAAAAGGCCUUUUCCAUAUUGAAUCAA